AUGGUUGGCAGGGAACGCAGGCCUCCAAAGCAUUUGGAGGAUGAAGGGUAUGAUACUGGUGAACAGCUCGCACGAGGCGGAAACAAGAAAAAGCGCAAAGUUCAGCUUGAUCUCAGUGAUGAUGAUCAAGAAGGAAGCCCAGUUCGCAAAAGACCUGCCCCCAGAAGCAGAGACGAGGAUGACGAUGAGGACGAUGACGAUGAUGAGGAGGAGGAGGAGGAGGAUGAUGAAGAGGACGACGAGGAAGAGGAGGACGAUGAUGGAGAGGAGGAAGAGGGCGAGCACUCGGGUGUGAGGGGAAAGAGCUCGGCGGACAGGCCGCUGUCGCUGGACGAGAUGAUGGCAGAAGCAAGGGCGAAGGGACAACGUCGUGAAGAUGCGAGCGUGCUGGCAGGUGGCAGUGGUGAUAGCGGCACCUCCAAGAAGAAGGGGAACAAGAAGAAAGUCUCCAAGGGGAAGGCAUCCGGCCGCGGUGCUGCGGGGGCGGUGACGUCCAGCAGCCAGAUCCUCCAGAUGCAAGAGAAGAUCAGGCUGCAGAAGGAGCUGCUGGCAAUGCAAAGCAGCCAGUAUGCUCCCUCGACAGCUCUGGUGCCAUUCGGCAUCCCACAGAGCGUCGCGCCUGCUCAGAGCCUGGCAGCUUUCCAAUUGCCCUCUGGAGGAGCAGCCGCUCUUCUGCCGGCCAUCCAGGCCAUGGUCGCCCAGGCCAUGCAAAGGGCCCUUUCGAGCGGACAUGCAAGCGCGGCUGCGUCAUCUGGCACUCGCCCACCAACCACCGGCAACAGCGGAGCUCCUAAUAAGUACAGCACACCAAAGACAAUCAAAACCAUCGGGAAAGCGGUCCAUGCCGUGUUUGAGAGCGGUUCCCCUGAAGGAGGCUUCUACACCACGAUCGACCCCAUCGCCAAGGUGACCCGCGUCCUGCUCAAGGUUCCGAAGGACGACUACGACUGGUCGCUGGCUUGGGUUGCCAAUCACGGCGACCUGUGGCAGGCGGCUUCCACCAAGCAGAUGCAACAACGGUCCGAGGUGGUCAAGAAGGUGAAACAUCACCUCUACGACGUGUACCAGAUCCGGAAAGCGAAGGUGGACUACAAUGGCUUCCUGGCUGACAUUGCGCCACUGCAGGGAAACGGCUUCCGCGUCCGGCAUGGGGACCCCUUUGGUGACAUCCGCGUGAAGAAGGUCAUCGGCCAUGUCUUCCUGCGAAACUGGAACGAACGGGUGGACGAGCUGCAGGUGUUCAUCCAGCAAGCGGCCAUUGUGGUUGCUGUGAUCGACAUCGUUCUCGGCAACCCGGCUGAGAACCGUGCUCCGUCCGACAGGCUGCCAAACGAUGGAGGCAUGGCGUUGCACUACGAGGCAUGCCUGAAGAAACUCCAGUCGGAGGUUGACGAGUUUGCUGCGGGGACUGAGUACCCGUUCAUCCGAGCCCCGGAGCCGUCCCUAUUUAUGAACGGGGAGGAUGAGGCGGACGGCAUGACCCCGCCGCGCGCUACUCCGAACAACUUCAGCGCUUCAGGCAGCAGCGUUAGGACACCUUUGGCACCACAAGAUGUUAACGUGCCCGCGCCUUCGAGUGGUACUCCCAAUUCGGGAUGCCAGCCGCCAGCAAUUGACC